AUGACCACCACCGAAGAACUUGAAAAGCCUAUGAAAUGGGGGCUUUCAACGCUGAUCAAGGAGCCGUUUACGACGCCUCAGAGCCCAAUUGCACUUCUGAAAAAGCUGAACGCACCUCAAUGGUUUACAUUCUUGGCUGCCUUCAUAGGAUGGACGUUAGAUGCGAUGGCUUACUUUAGUGUCAACUUGGCUGUCACGGAAAUCGCACUGGACUUUGAAGUUCCCAAUUCAAGAGUAGCUGAAGCAAUCACCAUCACUCUUGCCGUACGUUCCGUGGGUGCUUUGCUUUUCGGUCUUGCUGCAGAUAAAUGGGGUCGAAGAUGGCCCUUGAUGGUGGAUAUCGUCAUGUUUGCUGGUCUCGAACUUGCUAGUGGUUUCGCUCCUGAUUUCAACAGCUUCUUCAUUAUUCGAGCGCUUUUUGGAAUUGCUAUGGGAGGUGAAUGGGGUCUGGGCAACGCUAUUGCAAUGGAAGCCGUUCCACCAGAAUGUAGAGGUCUGUUUAGUGGAAUCUUGCAACAAGGAUAUGCGAUGGGAAAUCUGUUGGCGACCGCCUUGUACUUCUUAAUCGUCCCACGUCUCGGAUGGAGAGCCUUGAUGUGGAUAUGCUCCUUCCCAGCCUUCUUGGCAAUUGGUAUCAGGUUCUUUGUACCUGAAUCUGAAACGUUUGAAGAAAUUGCCAGACGCCGUCAAGCUGCUCAAGGAGCAAAUGACUUCAAGGCUUUUGCCAGAGCCUUGUGGGUUGGAGUCAAGAAGCAUUAUCUUUUGGCAUUCUACUGUGUCAUCCUCAUGGCCUGCUUCAACUUCUUCAGUCAUGGCAGUCAAGAUCUUUAUCCUACUUUUUUGAAGACUCAACUCGGAUACUCCGUUGGAGAUGCGACUACCAACAACUUUAUUGGAUCUGCAGGUGCUAUUGUCGGCGGAACGCUACUAGGAUACUAUGGACAAUAUAUUGGGAGAAGGAGAUGUGUCAUAUUGUGUUGUAUUGGAGCUGGUGUUUGUGUUUAUCCAUGGUCUAUGAUUGCGAACAUAGCUGGUCUCCGAGUAUCAGUCUUCUUCAUCCAAUUCUUCAUUCAAGGUGCUUGGGGUAAUGUACCAGCCUAUCUCUCUGAACUGUCGCCUCCUACAAUGCGUGGACUUUUCCCGGGUCUAUGUUAUCAACUUGGCAACUUGAUUUCUAGUGCUUCUGCUCAAGUCGAAGCUCAGGUUGGCGAACAGUACCCUACUACCAAUGCUGCUGGCGCGUCCAUUCCAAACUAUGCUUUGACUCAAGCCAUUCUUAUUGGUGGUGUUUCUGCAAUCCUGCUUCUCGUUAUAUCAUUCGGCCCUGAACAAAAAGAUGCUUUGGUCAAUAUCAAAGAUUUUCAAAACGCCGAGAACUUCGAAAUCGUUCAUAUUGAAGUUGGUGAGAAGCAAAAGAUGUAA